ACGAUCCCAUUCUUGUCCUGCAGGCAGCAUUCCGGGUGGAGAGAGUGAGAGAAAGAGAGGCGGACAUAGGAGAGAUUUAAGGCCGAAGUGAGGAUAUUUACCCGGCGAGACGCGGGCUGGCUGUGAGGACGAGCUGCGGAGGUUAUGGGCAGCCCCGUUCAGUUUUGGGGACAGGUCAUGGAGCUCUAAGCUAGCACUCUCCAUCCAUCUCCAUCUGCUGCCAGAAGCGCCUCUUCCAGCCUGCUGCUGUGGUUUGGCUCCGACUCCUCUAAGAGAAGAAGAGGGAGGAGUAAACUUCCCCCAGCUGCUGUGCAGACACACACAUGCUGCAUUGCUGCCAUUCCCCAAGCCCUACUCCAUCUAUCCCGGGGGCACAGCCAUUAACUUGCUAGCAGGCUAGCACUUGGCACAGAAAGAAGGCCUGCCCUGAGGGACCAAACACAAGCAGACUGUACUGUGGCCUCCUCCUUUUGUCCUCACUUUUCAGGCCAUACCCACCAAGUGGAACUCCUUUUGUCCAGCUGUCACUCCCGCUGCUCUGAGCAGUGGAGGAUUGCUAGCGAUCAGUCAAUCAUACAGCCGGGCAGACUGAGGAAGCCAGAGGGCGUGUUUACCAGACAGCAGAAUGAUGGAGCCUAGCAUGGAAAGCUGUCUGGCCCUGGUCCUGCAGAAGGACAUGGGCCGAAGGCUGCAGGUUGGCCAGGAGAUCAUUGAUUACAUUCUGGACAAGGAAAAGUCCCAUGACUUGGAGCAGGACCAGACAGCGCUGGACAAGAUGGUUGAUGGCAUCGCCAGCUCCUGGGUCAACUCCAGCAACUUCAAGGUGGCGCUGCUCGGCCUGGACCUCUUAUCUGCCUUAGUGACAAGGUUACAGGAGCGAUUUAGAGCCCAGGUGGGAACAGUUCUGCCCAGCCUUAUUGAUCGAUUGGGAGAUGCCAAAGAUCAGGUGCGAGAAACAGACCAAACGUUGCUGCUAAAGAUCAUGGAACAAACCGCCAAUCCGCAGUACGUGUGGGACCGAAUGCUGGGAGGCUUCAAGCAUAAAAACAACCGGACCAGAGAAGGAGUGUGCCUUUGUCUCGUCGCCACGCUGAACACAUAUGGAGCCCAAGGCCUGACUCUCAAUAAAAUUGUUCCUCAUAUAUGUAACCUCCUGGGGGACCCCACUAGUCAGCAGAAAGCCGAGGGAGGGCUUCUCACCUCGGAGGUGAUGGAUGGUGCAGGAAACAGCUUGAAUGUAAUCUUCAGCAAAUUCGAUGAAGUCCAAAGAUCCGGGAACAUGAUCUCAUCUUCUGGUUCAGGUAAAGAAGCUGCUGCUGGUGCUGUUGAUGAAGAGGAUUUCAUCAAAGCCUUUGAAGACGUGCCCUCGGUCCAGAUCUACUCCAACAGAGAGCUCGAGGACCAGCUGACCAAGAUCAGAGAAGUGCUGUCUGAUGACAAACAUGACUGGGAGCACCGAGUGGUUGCGCUGAAGAAGGUCCGUUCCCUCAUGUUGGCGGGUGCCACUGAUUAUGAAGGUUUCCCUCAGCAGCUUCGACUUCUUGAGGCUUCCUUCAAGCUGUCAGCUAAAGACCUGCGCUCCCAGGUGGUCCGAGAGGCCUGCAUCACGCUGGGACAUUUGUCAUCGAUUCUCGGUAACAAGUUUGACCACGCGGCCGAGAGCGUCAUGCCAACCCUGCUGAAUCUCGUGCCCAACAGUGCCAAAGUCAUGGCCACGUCCGGGGUGGCCGCCAUCCGUCUCAUCCUCAGGCACACACAUUACCCACGGCUCAUCCCCAUCAUCACCAGUAACUGCACCUCCAAAUCAGUCGCAGUCAGACGACGCUGUUACGAGUUUCUCGACCUCAUGCUGCAGGAGUGGCACACCAAUACACUGGAAAGGCACGUGGCAGUUCUCACCGAGACCAUCAAGAAAGGAAUCCACGAUGCCGACUCUGAAGCCAGAUCCAUCGCUAGAAAGUGCUACUGGGGCUUUCACGGUCACUACAGCCGGGAGGCAGAACAUCUUUUCCAGGCGCUGGAGGCCACCUAUCAGAAGGCCCUCCAGUCUCACCUGAAGAGCUCAGACAGCAUCGUGUCUCUGCCCCAGUCAGACCGGUCCUCGUCGUCUUCGCAGGAGAGUCUGAACCGGCCACUGUCUGUGAAGAGCGUGAUUGGAGGGAGCAUGACGAGAAGUAAGCUUGUGGGAUCCAGGGUGCCGUCCACUCCAGGAUCCCUCCAACGCUCCCGCAGUGACAUCGACGUAAACGCCGCCUCCAGCGCCAAGUCUCGUCUGUCCACUGUUCCCGCCUCCUCGCCGUUCAGCUCUGCAGCCGCUCUUCCACCAGGAUCCUACGCCUCUUUAGAUGGCACUCCUGGUAAAAGUGAUGGUCGCGUUCGCACAAGGAGACAGAGCUCGGGCAGCGUUGGCGGAGCCAGCUCUUCUUCAGUGGUGGACAGCAGGGGGCGUAGUCGGGCCAAAGUGGUCUCACAGUCCCAGCGAUCAAGAUCAGCCAAUCCCAUCAGUGCCGGCAGUCGCUCCAGCUCUCCGGGUAAGCUACUCAGUCACAGCAGCUACGGACGGAUCCCUCGAGCCACGGCAUCAGCCUCCACCACUCCGGCAGACAAGCGCAGCAGGAUCCCUCGCAGCCAGGGCUGCAGCCGGGAAACCAGCCCCAGCCGAUUAGGCCUUGCCAGCCUGUGUGGUAAACCUCUUCUUCCUGCUGCUCUCCCCUACCGCACGCUAGCCCGGAGCCGCAUUCCCCGUCCCAGCAUGAGUCAAGGUUGCAGUCGCGACACCAGUCGUGAGAGCAGCCGUGACACCAGCCCCGCUCGGGGCUUCACUCCUCUGGCCUCCCGACGUCACUCCCGUUCAACCAGCGCUCUCUCCACAUUGUUACCAUUUCAGCUUUUAGGAGACUCCAGGAAUAAGAGGAAGACAUUGAGACGGAGGUACGAAUCCCCGGGGAUGUACUCUGACGACGAUGCCAACAGCGACGCAUCUAGCGCAUGCUCGGAGCGCUCGUACGGGUCACGAAAUGGAGGAAUCCCACAUUACUUGCGCCAGACGGAGGAUGUGGCUGAGGUCCUGAACCACUGUGCCAGUUCCAACUGGUCUGAGAGGAAGGAGGGCCUGCUGGGCCUGCAGAACCUCCUCAAGAGCCAAAGAAUACUGAGUCGCGUGGAGCUGAAGAGACUUUGUGAGAUCUUCACACGGAUGUUUGCAGAUCCUCACAGCAAGAGAGUCUUCAGCAUGUUCCUUGAAACUCUCGUGGACUUCGUCACAGUACACAGGGAGGACCUGCAGGACUGGCUCUUUGUCCUGCUCACCCAGCUGCUGAAGAAGAUGGGCGCAGACCUGCUUGGCUCAGUCCAGGCCAAAGUCCAGAAAGCCCUGGAUGUCACAAGGGAGUCCUUCCCAUUUGACCAGCAGUUCAACAUUCUGAUGAGGUUUAUUGUGGAUCAGACUCAGACUCCAAACCUCAAGGUGAAAGUGGCCAUUUUAAAGUACAUCGAGUCCCUGGCACGGCAGAUGGAUCCCACAGACUUUGUCAACUCCAGCGAGACUCGGCUCGCGGUGUCUCGCAUCAUCACCUGGACCACUGAACCAAAAAGUUCAGAUGUGCGGAAGACCCUUCAUAACUGGGUGAGCGAGGAGCUAGCAGGCAGGUCCAGCACUGCAGCCUUACUGCAGUCGACUGAGGGCAACCAGGAAGAAAGGUGUAAGCAGGCGGCACAGGUGGUGCUGAUUGCUUUGUUUGAGCUCAACACCCCAGAGUUCACCAUGCUGCUGGGAGCACUGCCCAAAACUUUCCAGGACGGCGCCACCAAACUGCUGCACAACCACCUGAAGAACACGAGCAACACCAGCAGCAAUGUGGGCUCUCCGAGUAACACUAUUGGCCGAAUGCCGGCUCGUCACACACCCAGCAGGACCAGCCCUCUCACCUCACCGACAAACUGCUCCCAUGGAGGACUCUCUCCAAGUCGGUUAUGGGGUUGGGGUGUCGACGGACUAUCAAAGCACCCACCUGCCCCUCCUCCUCCUCCUCCUCCGCCUCACUCCACCUCUGCUGCCCCCACCAUAAGGGUCCUGCGCAGAGCGUAUUCACCCAGCAUGAUGGAGUACGACACGGAGAACAUGAACUCAGACGAGAUCUACAGCUCGCUGCGUGGCGUCACUGAAGCCAUCCAGAGCUUCUCCUACCGGAGCCAGGAGGAUCUGAACGAGCCUAUUAGACGGGAGGCAAAGAGGGAUGAUGCAGCGGGGAGAGAAGGAGUAGCUUCCUCUCCUGGGUCUGAUGCCCGGCUCGGCUUAGACGUGGUGGAAGGCGGUCGCACUGCCUUGGACAACAAAACUUCGCUGCUCAACACGCCAUCGCCGCGCUCCUUCUCUGGGCCGCGGACUCGAGAAUUUGCCCCAUACGGCUACGGAGAAACCAUUUGCACGUACGACAAGAGCGCCCUGAAGGAGGCCGUGUUCGACGAUGAUGUGGAACAGUUCAGAGACUGCCGACGUCAGGAAAGCGGUGAAAACAAGAUGGCACUCUCCAAGGUCUUUGCUCCUGUCGGGCAGGAUCACUCAGACCUGGUGGCCGAUCUUUUGAAGGAGCUGUCCAAUCACAACGAGCGCUCAGAGGAGCGUAAAGGCGCCCUGGUGGAGCUGCUGAAGAUCACACGGGAAGACAGCAUGGCUGUGUGGGACGAACAUUUCAAAACCAUCCUCCUCCUCCUGCUGGAGACCCUGGGUGAUAAAGAUCACACCAUUCGAGCUCUGGCUCUGCGAGUGCUGAAGGAAAUUCUGAGGAAUCAGCCUGCCCGCUUUAAAAACUAUGCCGAGCUGACCAUCAUGAAGACGCUGGAGGCGCACAAAGACUCUCACAAGGAGGUUGUGCGUGCAGCCGAGGAGGCGGCGGCGACGCUGGCCGGCUCCAUUCACCCGGAGCAGUGCAUCAAGGUGCUGUGCCCCAUAGUGCAGACGGCCGACUACCCCAUCAACCUGGCAGCCAUCAAGAUGCAAACCAAAGUAAUUGAACGCAUCGCCAAGGAAUCAUUGCUGCAGCUGCUGCCCGACAUCAUCCCCGGACUCCUGCAGGGCUAUGACAACACAGAGAGCAGCGUUCGCAAGGCCAGUGUGUUCUGUCUGGUGGCUAUCUACUCUGUGAUUGGUGAGGAGCUCAAACCCCACCUGGCACAGCUUACGGGAAGCAAGAUGAAGUUACUGAACCUGUACAUCAAGCGUGCUCAGACGACAAACAGCAAUAGCAGCAGCUCCUCAGAUGUCUCCUCUCACAGUUAAUGGAGGUGGUUUCAUCCAUUCCAAGACUCCAGAUCAGACUUCUCUGUCUCUGAGCAUCAGCCUCCUCAUCACGGCUCUGCAGCUCAUCCUCUCGACCCAUUUUGUUCCUUCGUGUCAUCCGCCUCUGCUCUGGAAAUAUCUGAACGGGACUGCUGUCCUGGUUUCAAGAUGGUGGGGAAGGAUUGGACACAUUUGGAUUUUUGGAUUUAGGAUAUGGCGCUUUCUCCUCCUCCUGUGGGUCCCACCAUCUCCACAUCAGCUCCAAUCUGUUUCUCCUUCAUCCCUUCUGCUUUUAGAUUUGUUUCUAUAAGUGUAAAAUAUUCACAUCAAAGAAAUGUUUCAGAUCAUCUUCAGUUUGGGAUGAAAUGUCAUUUGGCUGGCCCAGUGAUGGCAACAAGCCCAUGAAGUGUGCAGUGGAUUCUGUUUUAAGGGCAUGAAGACCAAAUAUUGCAAGGCGGCAAAAAAAUUAGAUAUGGACAGAAAGACAAAACGAGGAAGUCCUAUGUGAGCAUUUUAGUUCAAGGCUCAUAUUUGAUUGUAAUUUCUUUUCUUUUUUUUUAUGUGCUCGUUUCUCUUUAGGAGUGGCUUAAAACCCAAACUGUCACGAUUACAAAACAGAUCUCAUGUCUAAACAGAACUGACAAUCCUUCACAUUUCGUGCAGAUCUUUUAACAGAGAACACAAACCACCGUCGCUACAUGGAGUGGAAGCUAAGCCUGUUAAAAGCCGUAACGUUUGUGUCGUUUUUAACUUCCUGCUUCCGUUUGUGUCUGAGCGCUUACUCUGUCUUACAGGAAGUCCUUUGUAAAUACAGCAGAUGAGGAGUUGGGGGAGAACAGGCCUUACAUUUGUGGACUGCGGAGAGUGAACGGGAUGUACGGCGCCGUCACUCUCGGCUCUUUAAAAAAAAGAAAGAAAGAAAAACAAACAAAAAAAUGUGAAUCUGCAGCAGAAGCGUCCCCAGCGGGCCGCGUCGCUCUCAGACUUGUGACCGUGCAAACACAGUAUUACUCGUUUCCUCUUUCACAGCUUCUGCAAUAACCACAAAGAAAUCAAAGGUGUUUUGUACAUACACUUUCUGACCGCUGCUUCACGGAAAAGCAGACUUUUAAUUUUUUGGGCUUGCAUGAACCUGCGGCACGCGUCAACUCAGUGCCGCGCGGAGAGCCCGGAGCUUCUUCGGCUGUUAAAGUGCACUUUUAACAUCAUGAGAUCACUCGACUCUGAGGAGGCGCUCGUACGGAAAAGGUACACACUCUGUGUUUAAUUUAUUCUGCUGUAAAGUUUUAAGUGGUGGAUUCCUGCUGUGAAGCACUUCAUCUAUUCCCUGAUUGGGAAGAAGUUUCUCAGUCUGAUCAGCUUUUAAUUAUUGGACCUGAUUUGGUUUUCAUGGUCAGUUGAUCUGCUGUAGUUUUUUCUUUAUAAUACUCUGAAUAAUGAAUAAUAAUGCUGAUUCCUGAUUUGCUCAAAUCCGCUGAGAACAGUCCAACUCUGCUUCUUUAAGGAAAUGAAUGUACAGAAACAACACAGUGAAUUUGCUGGUACUCAAAAGGAUUUAACUUUUUCUUUCUCAUCGUCCUUCAGCGCGCUCAUGUAAUCAGCUGAGUUUUUACCGCAAAAGCAAACCUGCAAACUGGUGAAAACCCACCAAUCUUCUCGCAUCUGUCGUCUCGUCGCUGGAUCUAAAACAGACGCGACGGCGUUCCUUACAGACUGUUCACUAUGCAUGUUCAGCAGUCUUUCUUUGGCUUCACGCGCUCAUGUAAUAUUCACACCUGUAUUUAUAUAUUUUAUUUGAUCUUAUUGUAUUUAGUUCUGUCAUGAUGAACUGUACAGAAGGUUUUUUGUUUAGUUUUUUUAUGUUAACAUCAAUGUGUGAUCAGUUUGCAGCGAUGUAAAAAACUGUUUGCUGUAGAAAUAAAAAGACCGAGAACUGA